CAGACGAAUAUGCAUUGUGCUCAUAUAGCCACCAGCCAUUAUGGAAACUCCAGCACUUGUACUCUGUUUGGUGCUCCUUACACUCAACCUUUCUACUGGCACAGUAUGGACCAGCAAGGUGCCAAGCCGGGAAUGCGGGGGUCAACUAACCAAGGCCACGGGCUGUAUAACAAGUCCCUUCUACCCAAGCGAGUAUGCUUCAAACACUUUGUGCAUUUGGGAGAUUGUGACACAGCAAUAUACCUACAUACAGAUCACCAUUGAGAUUAAAAGUCUAGAAAGUAAUCCAACUUGCGCCUAUGAUUAUGUGGAAAUAAUAAGGGAUGGCUGUGUAGGAAGCAGCGUUCUUGGGAAGGUUUGCAAACCCGGAUUGUACAAUUUCUAUUCAUCAUCCAAUAAAAUAACCGUUGUAUUUAGAAGUGACAUUUCCAUUGAAGGAAAGGGCUUUGAGGCUCAUUAUCAAACUACUUAUGAAGCUAAACUACCCACCACCGCUACCACCACCGCUAGCACCACUGCUACCACCACCGCUAACACCACCGCUACCACCACCGCUAUCACCACUACAUCAACUGAUGCUACAAAACUCAACACCACCACCGAACCCAUAGUCAGUGAAAUCACCGUAAAGAUUGAUGAUGAUGGAUAUAAUUAUUUUUCUGAUUAUUGAUUUAUUCCUGGAAAUACAUAAGUAUACAGCUAGAAACUGGAAACUAUGCAGUUCUGAAGAAAGAAGAUUCUUUAUAUUCUAUUAUGGAUGAUAAUCAUGAUUGUGUUUUUUUUUCCUGAUUUAAAUGAUGGUCCAUAUUACAUCAGCAGACUAAAAACACGUUUUCCGUUUGGGUGAUUGCUAUCAAUGUAUAAGGACUGCUUAGUAAAUCUUGAUUGUACUUGGUGCUUUAUAACAUGCACAGGGUAAUUUUACAGGUUUAAAUUCUCUUCUGUUGCCUUUUAUCCUACAGGUAAUCACUGUGAAUAUAAAUCAUUCAAUCAAUAUAUGAGUUACAUAAAAUAAUAAAUCAAUAAAUAAAUUAAUAAUUCUCCAUAUUCUUUUUGGAGUAAACAA